CCUCGCCCCGAGCGGAUCUGCCUCUAGAAGCAGUGUUUGAAAACUCUGCUUCGCUCCAUAAAGGUCCAGACGGCCGACGUGAGAGCCUGGCCGCUGCGCCUUGACCGCCGCAGUGUGAGCGCUCGGGGGACCCUGCUGCGGCUCUUUUGUCUGAUUUUGUACAAGAACCGCUCGUCGCUGACGAUCUGAGCCGCCCACCACGACCGUUGUACGUAUCUAGCUAGCUCACCAUCAUCACCAUCACCUGAGACAAGCAGCUGGUAUGAGUUCACAGCAGCUGAUGCGCAUGGAUGAAGCCCUGCACCAACAGCCUGCGAACCGGCCAGCAUCGGAGGAUCGCAAUGACCAUGGUUUCUCAUUGCUCACGCUGAUGGGAUUUGCAUUCCUGACCUUCAAUUCGGGCAUGGCGCUGUAUAAGUCGAAUGGAGACUUGGCAGCCAUCACCUUCGUGGGCUUCUCCUACCUGGACCUCGUCGUGCUCUUCUACUACUACCUACGCUGGUACGAGAGGACACCCCCGGAGUCACCCCGGCGGGAACUCUCUCGUCUUCCGUUCGCGCAUCCUUUUUCUCACCACGGAGACUUGGAGGAAGCUCGCGCGUCGCCGGGGAUGGUUACCCCUCCUCGCGACCGCCGCUUCUUUUGGCUCGCGACGGCCGCUUCGCGCAUCGCCGGGGAACCCUCCCCAACGGCAACCAUACUCACCGCGAUGGCUUCCGGCAUCCUCACCUUCAACUCAGGCAUGGCCAUCUACCGGUCGCAAGGCGACCCGUGGGCCGUCGCCUUCGGGGCCUUCACCUACCUGGACCUGAUCCUGCUCAUCUACUGCCUGCGGCUGUUUGGGCGAGUGGAUGACCCCAGCUUCUGUCGCGUGAAGGCAUCCGUGUGGGUGCUGACCGCGCUACUGGCCACGAUGUUUGCUUGGAAGGUGGUCACCGUGAUGCCGCUUGCACUGGCUGUUAUGGUGGGGGGUAUGGCCGGCGCUGCCGUGCUCGGUUGUUUCUACGCCUUCUUCGUCCACCGGGAGACAACCAGCAGUCAUCCUGCUCGUGCGUAAGGAGGGCUGGGCGGCUGUGUACAUGCAAAGCUUAGCUAGCAGCCCUAGCAGCGUUUUACCAUGCCAUAUGCACGGAGAAACUUGACAUAGAUUUUAAUUUCCUAUCAACCACCAGAUACUUUAUGAUUCAUAUCUUGGU